AUGCACACGGAACUCCAGAACCUCAAUGAUAACGGCUACAAACAUAAACGCUUCGCAAUUGGCCUUGAGAAAAAAGAAGAAGAGUCCGACCAUCUCGACGUUAUUGUCGACAACGAGGUGAAGAAAGUGGGCGAGGAGCCAGUUCUGAUUGGACAGAUUCUUCGGGAAUGCGCCAAAGGCCUGGAAGUUCGCGUUGCAAAGCAUGAACACUUCGAUAACGAAAUGAGUAAUGACUUUGCAACGGCGGAGUAUAUUAUCAGAAGAAUAUGGAGCGAAUUGAAGAAAGCAAUAAAGAAAACUGCCGAGGUUGUCGUCAAUGUUGGCAAAGCCAUCAUUCCGAAAAAGGUUGUUAGUAUCGUCAAGGAUCUCUUUCAGAAGAAGAUGGGUGAAUACGCUCUCGCUGAGGACAAGUCAUCUGGUGGCCUCGUUCUGGCUCUGGCAAAGGACAUGGACGACUUGGGCAAGGCUCUUAUGGAGAAGGGCGUUCAUUUGUGCGAAGCGCGCAAAAUGACGAAAUUGGGAGAUGCUGAAAUAAACUUUGUUGAAGAUUUCGUGUCUGCGUUUUAA